AUGAAUCUGGAGAAGAAAAAUCUACACCCAUUCUUCACCAAGCCCCUCAGUAUGCACGCAGCCGCUUAUCAGCUACCUCUAGCUUACCUGGUUUCAGGGAACCCUUCACCAGAGCGAAACACAUCUUCGACAGAGACAUCGCGCGAGCCGACGAACGACGUCCCUGACAGUGAGCGACCAGACAGGAGUGCGCAGGUCGCUAAGGGUCGCAAGAAGCGGGAAAGGAAGCCUACGGAAGCCAAAGAAAAGAACGAUCAAGGGCCAGGACGGAAGAACCAGGCACAACUCGAAAGAUUUACCCGCCAGUCGAAUGGCCUUGGCGCAGGCGAAGGGACUGCUAUUGGCGGCGUGGAUGUGUUGCAAACGUCUGGAGACUCGAUUGCAGAAGAAGAACUGAAUCAAGAUCGGAGAAAACGGAGGAAGACGGCAUCUCCAGCCUCCUCAGUCCAAACUGGCGAAGCCGAGCUACCGCAGUCGACUGAGGCUUUGGAUUGGGUUCGACAGUUGCAGAUCGAGGCCGAGAAGGACCAGUCGGAAAGUGUAGAGGAUAACCCAUACUCCCUAAAUGCCGAAGCACUCACUGGAAGUGGACAUGGACUUGAGAGGCAGGAGAUCGGAAUGGAAAACGCUUCAAAUAGCAAUGCACCGCCCAAAGCAGCAUACGAAGUUCCUCCCCUCUCAAAUCCCAACGUUCCAACUCCACUCGUAGUAGAGGAUAGACUUGAGAAGACCACACCAAGAAAGAAGGUAUUAAAGGUCACUGGGAAUGGCAAGUUGAUAUCCCCCCCACCGCUAGCGAAACCGGACACGGAAUCGUCAGCGUGUCCCAAAAGAAGACGUGGUCGAAAACCUCCACAACCGGUCUCUUCACCGACCGUGACCAUAAUCAAGUAUGGGUCUGACACUGAGAGCCGACGUGCUCUUGGCAAAACUAUUGAAGACAUCAUCAAUGGUAAAAGGCAGCUGAAAGCAACCCCCUUGCCUCGAAAGGAACCAGUGAAGCCGGCUGGUCCCCCGAGGCCUACACAUCCGUUCUUUUUCGGGAAAUCCGCGCAGAAGGAGCCACCCGCCAUCAAAGCCCCUCCUGAGACACUGAUUCUAAAAUCUCCAAAGACUCUGAGGAAGAGUGCUGUGACUCCUGGGAAGUUGAGGGCCGAAACUCAAACCCAAUCUUCUCCACGGCCAUUCCCAGCUUUUGGACCAAUUGUUGGAGAUAGCCGGGUCAUGAAAUACCUGGGGAUGAACGAACCACUGUGGCCUUCCAAGGCCACCGCACACGUUCGAAAUCUUGAAAAUAAUGCAAUCUUAUUUCCCGACGAGUUUCCGGACUCCUCGCAUCGAAUCCGAAAAGAGCGGAAGUUAAAGAAUAAUACUAUUGAUGUCCCCCAAGACGAAGACUUGAUUGCAAAGUUUUCCAAACGUCUGAAGGUAUCCCGUGAAGCUUCGGAUCAAAUCCGCCUACCAACUCGUUUGCUCACCACUGGAAUCGAUAUACGUGAAAUGGUUCGGAAAGAAGUUCGAGCUCCGUUGGGAGACUACGACGAGGAUGAGUGUGCUAAGACGAGAGUCCAUCCUGCCCUCCAUUCGCUCUUUAAGGAUAUCGAGGACACCCUGACGCCAUUUGAUAGGGGCGUAUGCGAGACCCAAUCUUGGGUUCAAAAAUAUGCUCCCAGCCGUGCUUCACAUGUCCUACAGUCUGGAAAGGAAGCUAUGGUCCUUCGAGACUGGCUGAAGAACCUCACCGUCGAGGCUGUCGAUGGCGGAAUGGAUGCAUCCAAAACUUCAAACACCUCUGAGCAGAAGAGACCGCCUAAGAAGAAGCGAAAGCAGGUUGAAGAUGACUUUAUCGUCUCUAGUGAUGAAGAUGAUGACGAAGACAUGAUAGAGUUAUCAGAAAGUGAAGAAUUCGGUCGAUCACGGUCGAACCACUCCAGACAACGGUCUGUAAGACGGGCAAAGAUGACGAGGAACAAGAACGUAGUGAUUAUCAGUGGACCUCCCGGUUGUGGCAAAAGUGCUACUGUAUAUGCAGUUGCUAAGGAGUUGGCCUUUGAGGUAUUUGAGAUCAACUCCAGCAGUCGCCGUUCUGGAAAGGAUAUCCAAGACAAGGUUGGAGAUAUGUCCGAAAACCACCUUGUAAGCCAUAAGCGUAGCGAACCAAAGGUCAGCCUAGAUGUCGUACCUGCUGAAGACACCGAUAACGAACGUAUGAGUCAAGCCCUUCAAAAGGAUCUUGACAGUGGACGGCAAGGCACAAUGACGUCGUUUUUCAAGUCAAAUCCCCAAACCAAAGCGAGGCCGAUGCCAAAAGCGAAACCCCCCGGAGAACCCGGAAAGAUAGCCAAUACAGCCCAAGCUACUCUAUUAAAGGCUCAUGCACCACGGAAAUUUCAAAAACAAUCCCUAAUCCUGUUUGAGGAGGCCGAUAUCCUCUUCGAAGCAGAUCAACAAUUCUGGGCCCAAGUCAUUAGGCUCGCAUCCCAAUCAAAAAGGCCCAUUGUCAUUACCUGUAACGAUGAAUCCCUUAUCCCGUCGUACGACUUGCCGCUUGGCGCCAUUCUUCGACUUUCCCCGCCUCCGGUAGACCUUGUGACUGAUUACAUGUUGCUCGUUGCCGCUAAGGAAGGCCAUGUUCUAAGGCGGGAAGCUGUGUGUGACCUUUUCAAGUCCAAGGAUCAUGAUCUGCGCGCCAGUGUUACCGAGCUAGACUUUUGGUGCCAAAUGUCCGUCGGUGACAGAAAAGGUGGUCUGGAAUGGAUCUAUCAAAGGUGGCCCCCCGGCAAGGAUGUGGACGAAAAGGGGCGCGUUCUCCGUGUCGCAAGCGAAGGUACUUACCAGUCCGGCAUGGGAUGGCUAUGUCAUGAUGUAGCCGCCUCCACAGGAAGUGUAAUAUUUGACAAAGAAGAAGAAUUACUUAAGGAGACGUGGUCACACUGGGGUAUCAGCCCUUGCGAAUGGACUGGUAACUUGGAGUUCCCAUGCGCACGGUAUUCUGGCAUCGAGAGUGAUCAACUUCAGAGCCUCGAGCGCUUCGAAAUUAUGUCAGACUUCUUUAGUGCUGCCGAUGUCUACUGUCGCAUUGGUUUGCCCUCGUACGAGAGCCAAUAUCAGGAACUCGUUGACCCGUCUCUACCGCCCAUGCUCGACAAGGAACGAUUGAACUACACGGAAGCUGCUCCAGUCAUCCAGAUCGAUCACAUCUCAGACUUCAGCAAUUUCGACACAACGAUGUUCAUCCAGACCCACCUAACUAUUCAUCGUGCUUUUACUCUCAGCCAAGGUUUAGCGAAUCCGAAAUGCCAACACUCCAUUCCCACAACCGAAGGCGACUUCACAGAUGCGAUCCUCCGCCACAAGACCUCAGCCCAAACUGACCACAGUUUGGGCUGGCCUGACUUCUCGUUAGCUUUCGACAUCCUCGCCUCACCACCAGCCACCGCCCUUUCUCUCUCCACAUCCUACCAACUAACCGCCUCCUCCUUUGAUCGUACCCUUGACAUCAUUGUUCAUGACCUCGGGCCUUACAUCCGAAGCAUUGUUGCUCACGAUCUUCGCCUAGAAGCUGAGAGACUUCGUGUUGGUAACUUGUUGUCCGAGGGUGGAAGGAAUAAACGUCCACGGACAACGAGAGCGAGUCGUGUGGCAAUGGAGGGUGGGAGAAGAGAAACGAAGAGGAGGGAGAGAUGGUUUGACAAGGAUCUCAAUCGAGUGUUGGUUAUGAGGACGGCAGGGAAGACAUGGGGAGGGUUGGGAAGUAUUAGCGAGGAGAUGGACGCUUCGUCAAGGACUGGUGGGGAGAGCCAGGUGAGCAUGCAGGAGGAGUAGU